UGAGCGGGCGCACGGUCCUCCGCGCCUCCUCCGCGCCUCCUCCGAGAACCUGCCCAGCCUGGCCCGCGCCCCCGGUCCAGCGCGUCCGGCAUCCGCGUGGCGGGAGGGCGCGACCUUUUCCGGUCCCGCGUGGGAGGGGGACGCCGGCGGGACAACUUGGAAAACUUCUCGGGGGCAGACGGCAGGGACCCCGGGCGCCGGUGGAGGAGGAUGUAGGAGGGCGGCGGCUGGUCCCGGGUGUUCCCAACCUCCUAGGCCCCCCUCGUCCAGGCCAUGGGGCUCCAGCGCCCUCGGCGCCGCUGGAGGGGCGCCGCUCUCGUCUAGCCGAACCGGGCAGCGCUGUCGUCCACGGUGUGCACCGGGCGGGCAGCGCUCCCUCUGCCCACGUCCCACCUAGCCAUGGACCACCAGGACCCCUACUCCGUGCAGGCCACGGCGGCCAUCGCGGCGGUCAUCACCUUCCUCAUCCUCUUCACCAUCUUCGGCAACGCGCUGGUUAUCCUAGCUGUGUUGACCAGCCGCUCGCUGCGCGCCCCUCAGAACCUGUUCCUGGUGUCGCUGGCCGCCGCCGACAUCCUGGUGGCCACGCUCAUCAUCCCUUUCUCACUGGCUAACGAGCUCCUCGGCUACUGGUACUUCUGGCGCAGGUGGUGCGAGGUGUACCUGGCGCUCGACGUGCUCUUCUGCACCUCGUCCAUCGUGCACCUGUGCGCCAUCAGCCUGGACCGCUACUGGGCCGUGAGCCGCGCGCUGGAGUACAACUCCAAGCGCACCCCGCGCCGCAUCAAGUGCAUCAUCCUCACCGUGUGGGUCAUCGCCGCCGUCAUCUCGCUGCCGCCCCUCAUCUACAAGGGCGACCAGGGCCCCCAGCCGCGCGGGCGCCCCCAGUGCAAGCUCAACCAGGAGGUCUGGUACAUCCUGGCCUCCAGCAUCGGAUCGUUCUUUGCUCCUUGCCUCAUCAUGAUCCUUGUCUACCUGCGCAUCUACCUGAUUGCCAAACGCAGCAACCGCAGAGGUCCCAGGGCCAAGGGGGGGCCUGGGCAGGGUGAGUCCAAGCAGCCCCGACCCAACCGUGGUGGGGCUUUGGCCUCAGCCAAGCUGCCAGCCCUGGCUUCUCUGGCAUCUGCCAGAGAGGUCAGUGGACACUCGAAGUCCACUGGGGAGAAGGAGGAGGGGGAGACCUCUGAAGAUACUGGGACCCGGGCCUUGCCACCCAGUUGGGCUGCCCUUCCCAACUCAGGCCAGGGCCAGAAGGAAGGUGUUUGUGGGGCAUCUCCAGAGGAUGAAGCUGAAGAGGAGGAGGAGGAGGAGGAAGAGUGUGAACCCCAGGAAGGGCCAGUGUCUCCGGCCUCAGCUUGCAGCCCCCCGCUGCAGCAGCCACAGGGCUCCCGGGUGCUGGCCACCCUACGUGGCCAGGUGCUCCUGGGCAGGGGCGUGGGUGCUAUAGGUGGGCAGUGGUGGCGUCGACGGGCGCAGCUGACCCGGGAGAAGCGCUUCACCUUCGUGCUGGCCGUGGUCAUUGGCGUUUUUGUGCUCUGCUGGUUCCCCUUCUUCUUCAGCUACAGCCUGGGCGCCAUCUGCCCGAAGCACUGCAAGGUGCCCCAUGGCCUCUUCCAGUUCUUCUUCUGGAUCGGUUACUGCAACAGUUCGCUGAACCCUGUCAAAACCAUCUUCAACCAGGAUUUCCGCCGUGCCUUCCGGAGGAUCCUGUGCCGCCCAUGGACCCAGACGGCCUGGUGA